AGGGACUGUGAUGGGCUUGGCGGACUUUGGCUGUUUGCUUGAAUUGCUGUUUUGCGAAGCUUCUUCAUGCUGCCUGCCGACUGUGCCCACAGGCUGGUUUCCCUGCUUACCCAGGCCUUGGAAGACUGUGAUGAGGAGAAGCAGCGAUUGCAGCAGAACCUAACACGAUGCCAGGCUCUUCUUGGAGACUGGAACUCACAAGUUCCUGAAAGCCCAAUCCUUGAAGUUGGCAAAGAUGAUAUUCAAGGGAGUGAGCCCUCGGCCAAGGAACUCGAGGAACUGGAGCUGCUUAACAAAGCCCUGGAGAGAGCAUUAAGAGUUAGAUCAAAAUUCCAGCAGGCUCCAUGUGAAGCUGCAGAAGGUGCUAAAGCCACAGCCGAGAAGCCUGUCACCAGUGCCGCUUUAAAACAGCAAGCCGCUCGUUCUAAGGCGAGCACCUCGAAGACUGUCGCCGUGUCCUCUGUGGGCGGAAAGUUCAUGCCGUCCAAAAAGCCUACGGCGUACAUGCUGAAAGCUCCCUACAGGACUGACCCAGAUGUGAGAAGGCCACAGGCGAAAACGUCAGCCAGGCUGAGCUCCAGAGCUUCAAAGGUGCCUGGGAAGAAGAGGUCACCCAAAGGACCUGCCUCCCCCAAAGCCAACUUGCCUGUCAAAAUCGCUGGAGCGGGUCACGAAAAGGCCUGUGCUGCCGGAGAACCUGGAAGGCAGCCAGGCUCUUCCGAAGCCCCGCAUCUUGCAAAGCGAAGCCCUUCAUUUGGGGACUCUUCAGGUGGGGCAGACUUCUCAGGUGCUGUUCCGCCAUUACAUGAAGCAGAGGGUAUGCAUGCUGCUGCUGCGGAAUCUCUAGUCACACAGAGCCAUAUGGGAGGAGCCCCCCAUGGGACCGGCACCACAUGCACUCUCCAGGAAAAGGGGUCUGAACUGAAGCUGCCGCUUCCUUACAAGAAAGCUUUUUCCAAGUAUACCAGGUUGUUGGAAAAGUGUCGCCUUUGCCAGACAACUCCAGAUGCAGCUGUUGCCCGAAACCGCUUCAUGGAGAAGCUCCAAGCAACAUUCUGUUCACCUUCUCCAGCUUUCAGCCCAGCUGAGGUAAGAAAGGAACUGAUGCAUCUACGUGAUGUCUACUCCCUUGUGAGACAGCACAUGGAAGCGGAGAACCCAGCUUCCCUUGGAGAAAACCCACCUUGGGAGAGACAGUAUGAAAGCCUCCUGACUCUGGAGGGCCUGCAAACGAUAGUAGACCAGUGUCUGGACAAAGUGGACAAGCUGAGUGAAGCUAUGUCGUCCCAUUCCAAGAUGUUCCCUGCUCAUUCUGCUUGCAGCAAGGAGUGUUCCUCCGUGUGUUGUGCUUCCCUUGGGAAGCCGAGGUGUCGGGACGUAGAAACAGUUGGGCCGCCGCCCUUGCUUUUUUACUCCAGCUUGAAGGAGUUGAAGGACAUGGAGGCCUUAAAACUCAACGUGGCGAUGCUGCAUCAGCGACUCGAAAUACAGAAGGCCAUGGAAGCUGAACUUCUGCCACUUCUAGAACCCGGAGCUGUUCAAGAAGGCUCCAGGGCAUUGUUGUACCGUGCUGUUUACACGCUGCUAUGUGAAGGGGGUGAGCACUUUCCCGUGCUUGUACAUGACGAGGAGUCCUCCAGCUGAUCUGAGACCUGCACCAGAUGUAUGGCAAUGUGCACAGAAAGCAAGAAACUGUGGCUGCACUUGGUAAAUAAAUGCACUUCCUUUUGAUUGUUCUGGGAACAAUCUC